UCCAGAAUCGCGCAUCUAGUGUUUUCUCGUGCUUCGCGCUUGUGCGAAAGGCGCGAAUCAGCAGCUAUUUUGUGUCUCUUCGAGUCUCUUCGCGCCGGCAGCAACAUGGACAAGUUGAUUUGCAACAAGUGCUUCACCCCGACGUACCGAGGAAAACAGCCGUACAGCAUCACGAGUUGCGGUCACAUCUUUUGUCAGGGUUGUUUGCAGCAAGUGGAAAAGCAGUGCCCGCAAUGUAAAUACGUUGGCGCGUUGUCGCUACCGCUGACGGAGCCGUUGACGCCCAAGGUGACCCCGUUCUUCGUGCCGCUCGCCGAAACUUUGGAAAUGCUGCUGAAGGUGGACAUGUUCCGCAACAACCAGUUAGAGAUAAAGAUGCAACGCUUCCAAGAUCUCGACAUGAAGUACGAGAAACUGAAGAACAUGUUCUGGAUGACGCAGCGGAAUCUAAAGACGCUGACUGAGAAAUUCACCAAACUGAAAGCCGAGAAGAAAGAGAUCGAGAAGAAGAUGUUGUUCUUCGAGGUGCACAACAAACGCGCGCCGCAGUCCGUAUCCAGUAGUAUGAUGGAGACGCCGACGGAUUCCGGGAUCUUCAUGCGACCGUCGAACAUAGGAUUUUCCUCAUCGUCCGAGUUUCUAAAAAAAUCCAUUAACAUGCCAAGCCCCAUGCAAGUCGAUCCGAGGAGACUCAACAACAGAGAACAGCAGCACAAGAUCAACAGAGAACAGCACAAGAUGAUAAACGGUUUCCUCGUGCCUAACCGGCGACCACCGAAGUCCAACUGUUCUCUGAUCAUGUCGGACACAACUUCCAAUUGCAGUUUUAUGUCAUAAAACUUCGUGUUCCCCGCGCGAUUUUUCCUUUUUUUUGUUGUUUUAAUUCAUUUCGAGUUUGAUAUUACGUGUUUUUAUACAAGUCGAACACUACGGCGCGGAUUUUGUGAAAAAAAAAAAAAAA